AUGCCUGGUUCGUCUCUAUGGCUGCUUCCGCCAGCAGAUCAUCCCCUUAAUGAAGUCCUUCCUCGCCUUAUCGACAAAACAUCGAAACAGUUCAACUCACCCCACCGCUUCCUUCCUCAUGUGACUCUGACUUCGGAGAUAUCGCCGUCCAAGUAUGGAUCAGAUCCUCAGGCCUGGCUUGAAUCACUCGAUCUACCAUCUGGACAGAGCGUACAUAUCAAAUUCGAACGUCUAGGCAGCGAAGAUGUCUUCUUCCGGAAGUUGUACAUCAAGUGUGCGAAGGCUGCAGGGAUCAAACAACUAGCACAACAGUGCAGAAGCCACGUCAAUGGGUUUGAAGAUGAAACAAACUCGAAGGUUUGGGCUGAAGAGCAAUACAUGCCACAUCUGAGCUUGAUGUACCACGACUGUAGCCAGGUCGACGAAACCGGUCUAGCAUCAGUUGAUACGCUUGACGUAAACUUUGAAGGGAGGGGAGAACUAGGUGGUUGGUCAGGCGGAAGGGUGGUGCUCGUACCCACCGACAGGCCAAUUCUUCAGUGGCAGCCCAUAGGCGAAAGGACACUUUAA